AUUGCAUAUCGAAAUCGAAGAGUUACUGGAUACUCUUGCUGCUACACUCGCUGGAAUCUCGCAAACAUGGCUGCGCCGCACGCUGAGGACCUGGAGCCGGAGGUCACGGAGGGGUUCAAGGUGGGCGAGAAGAAGACCAUUGACGAGUAUCAACAAUUGGACCAAAACGACGAAUCCCUCCGCAAAUGGAAAGAGUCCCUCGGCAUUGGCUCCGGCACUCCCAUCGCCGACCCAUCCGACCAGCGUCGAGUCGUGAUCCUCUCCCUCGGCCUGGAAGUCGAAGGUCGCCCGGACAUUGUCCUGGACCUGCAGAAGGCCUCCGCAUUGGAAGACCUCAAGAACCACCCAUUCACGAUCAAGGAAGGCGCGACCUUCCGCAUGAAAGCACGCUUCCGCGUGCAGCAUCAGAUUUUGAGUGGAAUGAAGUAUGUCCAGGUUGUGAGCCGGGCUGGGUUGAAGAAUAAGAGUCAGGAAAUGAUUGGCUCGUACUCUCCCAACACGACUGAUAAGCCCGAGUACGAGAAGAAGUUCGAAGCCGACACCGCUCCCUCCGGCAUGAUCGCCCGAGGCAAGUACAAGGCCGUGUCCAAGUUCAUCGACGACGACAACCAAACGCAUCUGCAAUUCGACUGGGCGUUUGAGGUGAAGAAGGAGUGGUAG